GACCCGUCCCGACGCAAAAUCCCGGGCGAUUCGGGCGGUUUGGGAGGACGCCCCUUUCCGACGCCUCCGCUCCAAGGUCCUCAUUAGGAGAAGACAAAUCGCUCUUUAGAGGAUCCCACGUUUCCCAGUCCAUGGUAACAUGAACCCCUCAGUAGCCGGGUGACUGUCACUCCCUCCUGUCCCAGCUUGCCAUGACAAGAGCUCGGUGAAGUCUCAGGUGGAAACCACCACGCUAUGGACAACCCCAGUCCCGGAAAAAUUAUAUGUAUUUUAAUUAUCAUUUCCAUUUAAUGCACGACCUCCAAACCCCCACAAAAUAUUUCUUGAAGACCAAGGCUACUUUCUUUUGAGGUGCAGGACUCCAAUCCCGAGCUUGAUCUUUAUGGAUUCAGGAAACUCACCCAGAGAUCUUGACGAGGGCUUUGCAUCCUCGUAUAUUCCCUUUCUCCUGUUGCUUUUUAUGGCCCCUGAUGAGCUCUGGAGCACAACCAGGUCAUCUGAGUCCCUAACCGAAGUUUCAGGGGCAGCACAGGACUUUAACGAAGGCUCAGAUGUUUCCCUGGAUCUGAGCCUGGAGCAGCUGCUCCACACAAGCCCCAGGGCUCAGAUUCAGCAGCAGCUCAGCCAUAAAUCAGCUCCAUCCAGAGCUGGUGACAUCCCCAAACGGGAGGGUAUCCCAAAAGAUUUCCCUCUUCCUACCUCCCUGCUGAAAGGAGGAAAAAAAAAAAAGUCAGGAAGCCCAGGAUUUGUGGGGAGCAGAGGGCAGCGUUCCUGCUUUCUUGCGUGUCCCCCAGAGCCGAGGUCCCGGUCCCUGGUCUGGAGAAACCGGACACUGCGGGAGUGACCGCGGGCAGCGGUCGCGUUCCUGGAAGAGCACCGCCCCCGCGGGGCCGGGCGCCAGGCAUUCCUGUUCCAGCCCAGCUAAAACCAUUCCUCACCCGCAGGAGAGAGGCCAUGGCAGCCGUGUUCCUGCCCGGGAACCUCCAGGACGAAGCCACUUGCUCCGUGUGCCUGGAGUUCUUCAAGGACCCCGUGUCCAUCGAGUGCGGGCACAACUUCUGCCGGGCGUGCAUCGUCAAGAGCUGGAAGGACCUGGAGAUGGAUUUCCCGUGCCCGCAGUGCCGUGAGGUUUUCCAGCAGCAAAGCUUCCGCCCCAACCGGCAGCUGGCGAACAUGUCCGAGAUCAUCAGCCAGUUCACGCUGCGCGGGGCCAAGGGCGCGCAGGAGGACGGGCUCUGCCCCAAGCAUCGGGAGGCGCUGAAGCUCUACUGCAAGGACGACCGCAGGACCAUCUGCGUGGUGUGCGACAGGUCCCGAGAACACCGGCCCCACGCCGUGGUGCCCGUGGACGAGGCUUCCGAGGAGUACAAGGAGAAAAUCCAGGAGCGCUUGGAUUUCCUGAGGAAGGAGCGGCAGGAGCUGCUGGAGUUCAAAGUGAACGACGAUAAGAAAACCCAGGAGCUGCUGAAAACCAUUGAGAGCGACCGGCAGAAGCUGCUCUCAGACUUCGAGCGGCUGCGGCAGUUCCUGCAUGACCAGGAGCACAUCCUGCUGGGGCAGCUGGAGAAGAUGGAAAAGAACAUUUCUAAGAGGCAGAACGAGAACAUCACUGACCUCUCCAAGGAGAUCACGCUCCUCAACAAGCUCAUCACCGAGCUGGAGGAGAAAAUCCAGCAGCCCAUGCUUGAGUUCCUCAAGGAUGUGAUGGGUGUCAUAAGCAGGAGCGACGACGUGAAGUGCCACAAGCCCAUCCCCGUCUGCACCGACAUGAAGAUGCACGUCUGCAACUUCUCCAUCAAAACUGUUGUCCUUGAGAAGGUCUUGAAGAAAUUCCGAGAACACCUGCAGGACGAGCUGGGAAGAGGUGAAAAAGAGGACCUGACCCUGGACCCUGACUCAGCCAACCACCUGCUGAUCCUCUCCGCUGACCUCAAAAGUGUCCGGAUGGGCUGCAGGAAGCAGGAGCUGCCCGACAACCCCAAGCGCUUCGACACCAACUCACGGGUCUUGGCCACCACGGGUUUCAAGUCAGGGCGGCACUACUGGGAGGUGGAGGUGGGGCCGUCGGACGGCUGGGCCUUCGGUGUGGCCAAGGAGUCCAUCCGCAGGAAGGGGCUGACGCAGUUCUCCCCCGAGGAGGGGAUCUGGGCCAUGCAGCAGAACGGGGGCCGCUACUGGGCCGUCACCUCACCCCAGCGCACCCCGCUGUGCCUCAGCCACAAGCUCAGCCGGGUCCGGGUGUACCUGGACUACGAGGGUGAGGAGGUUUCCUUCUAUGACGCUGAGAACAUGCAGCACAUCUUCACCUUCAACGUGGCCUUCCAGGAGAAGAUCUUCCCCCUCUUUUCAGUCUGUUCCACUGUCACCUACAUCAAACUGUGCCCCUGAGGUGCCUCACGGAGUGCCAGGGAAGCGCUUUGCCCCUGGAUGAGCUCAAAAGACUCAAAUCAGCCUGGUUUGGUGGGACGUGGGCUGGGGGACGGGCAACCAGGUGGUCAGGAGAGCAUCACAAAGAGGGUCUUCAGGACAAGUGGAAGCAGAGAGAUGUCCAGCGGUGCCCAGAAAUUGUGGCUGCCAGCUUAAAGGAAGGUUGUGGUCACCAGCUUUAAAGCUGUGGUCAGCAACUCAAAGAUCAUGGCCACCAACUCAAAGGCUGUGGCCACCAACUUAAACCCACCCCUGGAAGGGGUGACAAGCUCAGCCUCAGAGAAGGAACCCUCCAGAUGUCAUUUGUGGCUCCGGGUCUGACCCCACAUGAGGGUUUAAGGGUCUGUGGGAAGCUUUGGAGUGGCUUUUCCACCCCUUUGGAUGUGCCAGUGGCUGGGAAAUGGAAUAUUCAUAGGGUGAAUGACCGUUGGGAAAGGUGGGAUUGAGCAGGCAUCUUUGGACAUCCAUCCAGGGCAAAGCUCCUCUGUUUGUCCACAGAGAAGAAAUGUAGUCAGAAAUUUCCUUUCUCCAACCUGGGGUAAUAAUUGUCCCCCAAAAGUUGUUUUUGGAAUGUCGUGACAGUUGUCCGAACUGUCUCAGGUGACCGCUGUCCACCAGAUCGGACCUGUCCAGUGUGGAAGAGUCUGUGGGGGUUUUGGCUGCUCUCCCUGUCUGGUUCUCCACCCAGGGCUCCUCUGGAAGACUAUGGAAAAGGUUAGAAGGUGCUUCUUUUGGAUUUUUUUAGUAACGUUUGUCCUGCUGGACCUGAGCAAGACCCACAUUUGUCCCUCUGGUGCUCCUGUGCUAAGGCCUCUCUGUGGACAAGAUGUUCACAAAAUAUCUCUCGUGGUUCUCACACUUUGCUUGGAUUUAGGUGCUGAAUCUUGUGCUCCCUCAGGUUCCCAGCAAAAUCACCCAUUUACCCUCAUUUCUUGGGUUGUUUUGUUUUGUUUUUUUCCCUGGAAACCCUUUGUCUGCCAAGGAGCCUAAGCUGAACUUUUGCUUCAUCCACUCCGGUUUUGCUAAAAAAAACCAAAAACAAAAACAAAAACAAGCAGCUUUGAAAAAUAAUCUUAUUGCCUGAAGUGCUGGUAAAGUGAGGCUCUGGGAUUGGUCAGCUUUGGGACUUUUUCCACAAAACACAUAAAUCCUUUUAGGAAAUGACAGACUUGGGGCAAGGUGGGGGGAAAGUUUAUUUGGUCCAUAACAACAUUUCCUGGGUGGUUUCAGAUGAGAAAAAACAGAAAUAUCCCAAAUUUUCAGCUGUUGGGUUGGUUCCUACCCUGAGAUUCAAAUUUAUAUAUUUUAUUUAAUGAGUUAGCUGGUAAAUCCACAUUAUUUAAAGGUGCAGCAACUCUUACAAAGAUGAAGCCACAAGCAGUGGAAUAAAAUGUGUGACUCUUGGGAGCUUCAUCCCCUACUGAAGCAGCGCUGCUGAAGAAAUGACAGAAAUAGAUGAAAAUCCCUGGAAUAAGGAAGAUAUUCACAGGGCCACAACUUUUCUGAUGUCAGAAUUGUGUUUGAUUUGGAACUGCCCGGGUCAUUCUUAGCCCACGUGUGGGAAAUAAAACAUAGAGGUGCUACCUGGGCUCAUCUUCAUAUAUAUAUACAUUAUAUAUACAUAUAUUUAAAAUAUAUUUGUAUAAAUAUAUGUCAUAAUCCACAUCUACGUAUUUAUGUGUU